UCACGUUCUCUCUCUACCCUUUUCUCUUCCCAUCAUAAGACACAGCAAAGAGAGAAGAUAGAGAGAGAAGGAUCCAAGAAGAGGCCAAAAAGAAAAAAAAAAAGCUUAAAUUACCAAAGCGAAAGCUAUUCUCGCUUCAUCUUCCCUGAAACGACAGCGUCAGAUUUUCAUUGGUGGCUUUUCUUGCUAUGGCUGCCACUGCGACUGCCUCUGCUGCUGGUCCACGAUAUGCCCCGCCAGACCCCACUCUUCCCAAACCAUGGAAAGGUCUAGUUGAUGGUAAAACUGGUUAUCUCUACUUUUGGAAUCCGGUAACCAAUGUCACGCAAUAUGAGAGGCCUACAAGCAUAGAUUCUGUCCCAAAGUUUUCUUCUGUGCCUAUAAGUUCUUCGGUUCAAGUUCAGCAAUCUUCUGAAGGGCGUCGUGGGUAUAGUCCUGACAAGGAGAAUGAUAGGUAUGGAAGAGGCAGCAAUGCUGUAUCAAAACUUGAGCCAGUAUCAAGGAGUAACCAGAAUGCAAGAGGUGGACCAGUUCAUUCCCUUAAUAUCCCUAAUGGGACUGCCAGCUCUUUGAUCGGAGGAUCUUCUACUAGGGGACAUGGAUCAGCAGCUGCAGGAAGUAAUAUGUCUGGUGAUGCUUAUCGUCGUCAGCAUGAGAUAACAGUAACUGGGGAUGAAGUGCCCUCGCCUUUUACAACAUUUGAAGCUACUGGCUUACCUUCUGAGAUACUUCGAGAGGUACAUAAUGCUGGGUUUUCUGCCCCGACUCCAAUUCAGGCUCAGUCAUGGCCAAUUGCAUUGCAAAGUAGAGACAUAGUGGCCAUUGCUAAAACAGGAUCUGGGAAAACAUUGGGUUACCUGAUUCCUGGAUUUAUUCAUCUCAAGCGUUGCCGUAAUGAACCUCAAAUGGGUCCAACUGUGCUAGUAUUGUCACCAACGAGGGAGUUGGCUACUCAAAUACAAGAUGAAGCUCUCAAGUUUGGGAGGUCAUCAAGAAUUAGUUGCACGUGUUUAUAUGGAGGAGCACCAAAGGGUCCUCAGUUGAGGGAGAUUGAGAGAGGAGUAGAUAUCGUGGUUGCCACUCCUGGCCGAUUAAAUGAUAUUCUAGAGAUGAGGAAAAUCAGCCUCCAUCAAGUUUCUUACCUUGUCUUAGACGAGGCUGAUCGCAUGUUGGACAUGGGUUUUGAACCUCAGAUACGGAAGAUUGUUAAAGAAGUGCCUACUCGCAGGCAGACUCUCAUGUACACGGCAACAUGGCCAAGGGAAGUCCGGAAAAUUGCAGCAGAUCUACUGUUAAAUCCUGUUCAGGUCAACAUUGGCAAUAUUGAUGAGCUUGUGGCAAACAAGUCUAUCACGCAGUAUGUUGAAGUAUUAUCACCAAUGGAGAAACACAGAAGAUUGGAGCAAAUACUGCGCUCCCAAGAGCCCGGAUCCAAGAUUAUUAUUUUUUGUUCAACCAAGAAGAUGUGUGAUCAACUUGCUCGCAACCUUAGUCGCCAGUUUGGAGCUGCUGCCAUCCAUGGAGACAAAUCUCAGGCUGAUAGGGACUAUGUGCUGAGUCAAUUUCGCACUGGGAGGUCACCAGUGCUUGUUGCUACUGAUGUUGCUGCUCGGGGAUUGGACAUUAAAGACAUAAGGGUGGUAAUCAACUAUGACUUCCCUACUGGAGUUGAGGAUUAUGUGCAUAGGAUUGGGAGGACUGGAAGGGCAGGUGCAACUGGAUUGGCUUAUACAUUCUUUGGUGAUCAAGAUUCAAAGUAUGCUUCAGAUCUCAUCAAAGUUCUAGAAGGAGCAAACCAGCGGGUGCCUGCAGAACUUCGUGAUAUGGCUUCGCGUGGUGGUGGGAUGGGAAGGCCUAGACGUUGGGCUCCCAGUUCUGGUGGCCGUGAUGGGGGACGUGGUGGACGUACUGAUUCAGGGUAUGGAGGAAGGGACAGUGGAAGGGGUGGUCGAGGAAUAUCUACAUCCUCCUCUAGCUGGCAUGAGAGAAGUGGAGGACGUGGAUAUGACCACGAGUCUCGUGACAGGUAUGAUCGUGGUUUCCAUGACAGUUAUGAUAGGGGACGGAGUCGGAGUCGAAGUCGAAGUCCUGCGGGUUGGGGUGAUCGCAAUAAAAGCAGUGGCCGUGACCGCAGCCGGAGUCGUAGCCUGGACAAGCAUGAUAGAGCUGCUGGACGUGAACGUUCCCCAGUGCGGAGUUUUCAUGAGGCAAUGAUGAAACGUGGUCGGUCAUCCCCACCACAACAGCAUGGGCCACCUUUUGGUGAUGAGGUUUCAAGGGAACACAAAAAUUUUGUGGCUUUGCGGAGCCCUCCUCAUGAGAGGUCAAGGUCACCUUAUGGUGGUGGUAAUGGAAGGGACAACUUUGGAGGAUCAUACGGUGAUUCUCAGAAGGAUCGGGGAAGAUCAGGAUAUGCUAAUGGGUUUCGUACAGGUUUCGGAGAUGAGGAGGAAGGCAUGAUUGCAGCUGAUGAAGAUGGGAUAAUACCUCCCCAUGCUCACUGAUCUCCUUAAUGUGAGAAUUGAGGGAUUUUGGUGGUUUUAUCUAGCCUUCUGGUGUUGUCUAGUUUCUGGGUUUUUGGUUUUAGUUAUAUGUAGCCCCAAGCAAGGGCUGUUUGCAGCAGGCAAGGCAUAGAAGUUUCAGAAAUUGACAUUACAAGGCAUUUUUUGUUUUUUUCUUUGAUUUUCUAGUUUCUAGUGUUAGAUGACUCAACCGGGAAAGUUUAGAAGUAUUUUGGUGGGAGUUUAAAAGAGGGGGUAGGCAGAGCUGAAAUGUAAUGAUGUGCAAGGAUGAACCUUGAGAAAAUCUUCUGAUGUAUUGGUUGUGUAAUUCUAUGAAAUGUGAAAGGAUAGCUCUCACAGUGGCUCUGCCAGUAUAGUUAAAAGCUAAUUGGAUUCAAA